CUACAAAGACAAGUGUGGUUAAUUAUCUCAAAUCUCAUUAGUCCGUACACAUACGUAUGAUUGUUGCACUGAGACAGCACUGCCUAAAAGCCCGGAACCACCAAACACCUGGAAACGUCAGUCAGUUUACUCGAAGAAAGGAAGAAAAAAAAGCCAUUGCCUAAUCUUUCCCUCUCCUCCGCCUGCCUUCUCUCCGCCAUGGCCGACGUUUCGAUUUCUCUCAUUCAGCUCCUCGACGACGACGACGAAGACUUCCGGCAACACGACGUCGUCGACGAAACCAAUUCCUUCCCCUGCUGGUUUCGCGAUUUCGACGAUUCCUUCGACGCCUUCGCCUCCGCAGAUCUGUCCGAUCUCCAAUCCAGGCGGCGGGGAAGGGCGGAGCAGUCGUCGGACGGCGACGCCUUCGAUGGGGAUUGCAUCGACUUCUUCGAUCGCGAUAACCAGGUCAAUUUCGUCAUGGACCUCUUCCACCAACGCGUCGAGCAAUCUCAAUCGCCGUUGCAGGUAAUUAUGGACCCUAAUCUGGCGGAUCCCGACCCGGGAUUCGUGAAUGAGGAACCCGGAUCCGCUCAAUUGGAGAUGGAUCUAGAACGAGGGUUAGGUCUUCGUGGGGAAGAAAACCCCCAAAAUUGUGAGAAUUCUUCAUUCUUCUUGGAAAAUUGCGACGAUGAGCCUCACUAUGUGACAGGACUGAGGGUUAUUGACAUGGAAUCCGAUUCGGAUUCCGACAAAAACUCAAUUUUAGGGCUGAAUUUCAAUGCAGAAGACAUUGAUGAUGAUGAUAUCUGUGGUCCCAACAUGUAUGAGAAUGAGAGUGAUGAUCCAAGCUUACGCCUUUGUUGGGAAUCUUUUCAAUUGGAGGAUCGCAGGGAGGCAGUGAAUGAGGAUUUCGAAUGGGAAGAAAUUGAUGGUCGAAUCGAGGAGCAGGAGAUUCUGAGCUUUUUCCUUGAGAAUGAUGGAAUCUCAGUACCUGCACAAGAGGAGAGAAAUCUAAUGGGGAAUCUGGAAUGGGAGGUUCUCUUGAAUGAUCAUAAUCUGGUCUUGAAUCCCGAAUUGAGAAACCAAGAUUUCGACCUGGGUGAUGAAGAUGAGUACAAUUACACUGCAGAGUAUGAGACGAUGUUCACCCAAUUCGCAGACGCAGAAAAUGCUUUAAUCACCAGGCCACCUGCCUCUAAAAGUGUUGUGAAGAACCUCCCCGAAGUGAUCUUGAGCAAAGAAAAUGACCCAGAGAAGAACGAUGCUGCCUGUGCGAUCUGUAAAGAUGAAAUGGUCAUCGGAGAAACAGUGAAGAUUUUGCCUUGCUCGCAUAAAUAUCACCAAAAUUGCAUCUUUCCGUGGCUUGGGAUUACCAAUACUUGCCCUGUUUGCCGAUAUGAGUUGCCAACUGAUGACCCUGAAUAUGAAAGGAAGAGGAGGACACAAUCACAGAGUUGAUCACAAGUCCCAUUGAAGAUGAUAUAUACUUUCUUCAGGAGCUCUUUAUGGCCUUUGGUAAAAAAAGAAAAAAUGCCAAACACUUUGCAAGAUAAACAGCUAUAACCUGCUUGCUGAUGAGGCUGUAGUUUAGGGUAUUGAUAUAUGCUAUGACAAUUUGUAUUAUGUUUGGUGUUACUACUACUUUGCCAUCUGCAAUAAACCACAUCUUAUAUU